AGGAGGCGAUCUCCCUGCCUCUUUCCCUGUUGUCGCGCGCGCGCGCGCGCUCCUACCGGAUCAACUGGCAAGCCGAAUGCUUUCGCGCGCGCCUAGUUUACUAGUAGCAGCUGCGCGCGUGCGCACAAAAAAAACCCCAAAAAACGAGAGCGGCUGUCCGUCGUUCCUACGUGUGUGCACGCGUCUCUACAGGCAGAGAGCGCUCCAUGCGCGCGCUGCUGUCGGUAGCGGCAGCAGCUUCGGGAGCUUCUCGGAGACUUCGAGAUCGUUGGAUGGGGCUGAGGAACAGCGGCGCCCACUGAGGAGAAGGCGGUGGGUGUGCGUGUGAGAGACGAGGUCAGCCAGCCGACCAACCGACGGUCGCCUUGCCGGUAGGUGCAGGGAUCUGGAUGACUGCUGCUGCAGAGAUUCUUCCCAAUUCUGCUGCACAGAACCCGGGAUUAUAUCCAUCCAUUAAACUUCAUAUUAUUGGCUUUGGGAAGAGGAGGGGCCUUUGGAAACUGAAAAGAGGCAGGGGAAUGGCUGUGUGGAAGCAAAAAUGAUGUCUCGCAUAUUAGCCUAAAGCCUGAUGAAGACAUGUCUUAAGUAGCACACCAAGCAGAAAACGCUAUCUAAUGGGGCUCUCAUAUUCUCCAAAUGCAAAGAAUAACCCAGUCAAAAUCAGAAGGAGGCAUACAUGUAUUAACUGCAUAAAUAUCCAAAACAUGCUGCAUGAGGACAAGGGGGAAAAAGUUAAGAGGAAAAUGCAGCAAUGCAGCAAGUUUUGGAUAACCUUACGGAUUUGUCUCCAUCGACAGGAGCUGAAGAAAUAGACCUUAUUUUCCUGAAAGGAAUUAUGGAGAAUCCUAUUGUAAGAUCGCUUGCUAAGGCUCAUGAACGACUGGAAGAUUCUAAACUUGAAGCUGUAAGUGACAACAAUCUGGAAUUGGUAAAUGAGAUUCUUGAAGAUAUCAGUCCAUUAAUAAACAAAGAUGAAAACAUUGCAGAGUUGGUUGAUAUACUGAAGGAGCCACACUUCCUGUCACUCUUGGAAGCCCAUGAUAUUGUGGCAUCAAAGUGCUAUGAGUCUCCUCCCUCCAGCCCAGAAAUGAAUAAUUCUUCAGUCAACAAUCAAAUAGUACCAGUAGAUGCCAUUCGUAUACUUGGCAUUCACAAAAAAGCAGGGGAGCCACUGGGCGUGACAUUUAGGGUGGAGAAUAAUGAUCUGGUAAUUGCAAGAAUCCUUCAUGGAGGAAUGAUAGAUCGACAAGGGCUUCUACAUGUGGGUGAUAUUAUUAAAGAGGUUAAUGGUCAUGAAGUUGGAAACAAUCCAAAAGAGUUGCAAGAACUUCUGAAGAAUAUUAGUGGUAGUGUCACUCUGAAGAUUCUUCCUAGCUACAGAGAUAAUAUUAUUCCCCAACAGGUAUUUGUGAAGUGUCACUUUGAUUAUAAUCCAUAUAAUGACAACCUGAUUCCAUGCAAAGAAGCAGGGCUCAAGUUUUCUAAAGGAGAAAUUCUUCAAAUUGUGAAUCGGGAAGACCCAAACUGGUGGCAGGCUAGCCAUGUCAAGGAAGGAGGAAGUGCAGGACUUAUUCCUAGCCAGUUCUUGGAGGAGAAGAGGAAAGCAUUUGUUAGACGGGACUGGGACAGUUCAGGUCCUUUUUGUGGAACAUUAAGUAGUAAAAAGAAGAAAAAGAUGAUGUAUCUCACAACUAGAAAUGCAGAAUUUGAUCGCCAUGAAAUUCAGAUAUAUGAGGAAGUAGCCAAAAUGCCUCCAUUUCAAAGAAAAACAUUAGUGUUAAUAGGAGCCCAGGGAGUGGGGCGGCGAAGUUUGAAAAACAGAUUUAUUGUGCUGAAUCCUGCGAAGUUUGGAACCACAGUACCAUUUACAUCACGGAAGCCAAGGGACGAUGAAAAAGAUGGGCAAGCAUACAGAUUUGUGUCACGAGCUGAAAUGGAGGCAGAUAUUAAAGCUGGAAGAUACUUAGAACAUGGGGAAUAUGAAGGAAAUCUUUAUGGCACCAAAAUAGAUUCCAUCCUUGAAGUGGUUCAGACUGGAAGAACAUGCAUCUUGGAUGUGAAUCCACAGGCACUUAAAAUAUUGCGGACAUCAGAGUUUAUGCCCUAUGUAGUGUUCAUUGCUGCUCCAGAACUUGAGACACUGCGUGCCAUGCACAAAGCUGUGGUGGAUGCGGGAAUUACAACCAAACUUCUAACAGACACUGAUCUAAAGAAAACAGUUGAUGAGAGUGCACGGAUCCAGCGAGCUUACAGCCACUAUUUUGAUCUGAUCAUUGUGAAUGACAAUCUAGACAAAGCCUUUGAAAAGCUGCAAACAGCUACAGAGAAACUGAGGACAGAAUCACAGUGGGUUCCAAUUAGUUGGGUAUACUGACAGUUCUUUUUGAAGAUGGAUUUAAGCACCAAACUAAGCUGUCUGCAAACAAUAAAUGUUAUACCAAGAAAACAUUGUACAGAAGUGCCAGAUGCUAACAGCACCUGAUACAUUUUAUUCUGUGUAUAUUUAGAUAAUGGUAUACUAUUCCAAGUUUUUAUACAAGAUGUUGAAGGGAAAGUGUACUUAAAUAUGUAAUUUAUUUUAAUUUUUCUAACUUUUUACAAAUCUUUCUAUUCAUACCACAUGAAGGAAAUGCGUUGAAGCAUUUUUUUACGAAUGUUUUGAUUUACAACUUUGCCUUUACUCAUCUAAUGAACUUUCCAGUCAUUCACUUAUACAUUUGGUCUUACAUUUUCACUGUGAUAAGGAAAAAAUACUUGAAAAAAGUUUUUUGUAAAACUGUUUAAAUCAAGUGUUUCAUCUAGUCAUUCUUUCGUAGUUAGAAGAAAACACUAAUCCUUAUCCUAAUAAACAUGUAUCUCUUCUUGACUUGAUCAGAAUUUUAAAUACUUAAGAAGCAACCAGCACUGAGCCAUGUUACUGACACAUUUUUGCAGUUGUCUUGUCUUAGACAGAUGUACUGUAGACUUUCCUGUAAAUGUUAUCUUUUUACUGAAAGUGAAAGCAAUACCUUGAACUUUCCCUAAGAGCCUGCUCUUGAUGAGCCAACAUUUCAACCCAUUAGAACAAGUAUUACUGUCUGAGUUAUGUAAUGUAAUUCAUUGUGUUUGGGAUCAUGGUGAAAUAGCCUGAGAGAGCCUUAUAAUUCACAACCUUACAGUGAGGCUCCGCAUGUAAGAUGUUUGUUCUCACUUGUGAAAAAUCAUUACUUAAAAGAACAGAACCUGUUUAUGAUGAUCUUGCUCUGUAUUUGUAUAUUAUUCUGUGAUGGGCUUUUAUUUUACACCAGAUUAUUCGAAGUGAUUAUGUGUGUUAUGAAAUGAUGUGAUGGGACUUCUGAGCUUCAUGUUGUGUUAAACUGCUUUAUUCACCAAAUAGCUUGUGUAACUGAAGUUACUGUCAAAUGCUAAAAGUCAAUGUUAUAUUUAUAAGUGGGUUUAUUUAUGUUUUACAAUCAUGAUUUUUUUUACUGUGUUCAUAAUUUCUUGUCCCUUUAGACAAAAUAAUUUGUCUACUAACUUAGGUUCAUAUCCACUGAACACUUUAAUACUAUUGCUGAUGUAUAUUCUGUUUAAUGAAUAUAAAUGCAGAUUGUCACUAAGACAGACUAGUUUGGUGACCAUAUUUUAUAUUAUGCUUACUAUUGUAAAUACACCCUUUCAUCACUAACAUGCUAGGUGCCUGAAUUGGUUGGUCAACAGCCCAUUUCAUUUAUUUUUCCAUGUGAGGGCAAGUAUUGGCUUCAGAAUUUAUUUUCAACACCAAAGUUUCAUACACAGGAUGCCAACAAAGGAGAAUCUUGAAAAAGGCUGAGACAGUGCAAAUAAGUUCUUAAAAUGGUGGUUUUGUUUUUAUUUUUUGAUUCUGCACAAGAAAACAGGGUUUGGGUGGUUUUUACUUUAUACAGAGAAAUGAUGAGACAUCAAAAAGGUAUUAUAGAUUAAAAACGUUAAGGUAUUUUUUAAUACUUCAGUAUAUUUUGUAAAUGUAAUGCAAAUUCUUGCAUAUAUUUGUUUUAAUUGCUGUUGGUACUUAGAUUUUAGCUUUUAACAAUAUAAUGUAUUUUUAAGAGCUUCUGUUACAUUAAAUCUAUAGAUAGGCUAAAUGUUUGAAAAAUGUAUUCCACUGAAACUGUGGAAAGGUUAUUUUCAUGUAUGGUACCCAGAAUGAUGCUUUAAAAAUGUGUCUGCCAUUUCGAUGCCAUUGUAGGAUUAGGGGAUGAGGUACAAAGUAAUGAUUACUAUUAUUGGAUAAAAUUGUUUGAAUUGAACAGAAAUUUGAGUGCAAGAUGUUAGUGAACCCUAAUUUCAGAUGUUAACUCCCAUUCCUUUGCUUUCUGGUGCUCAACUGGGGAGCAUUCCAGGUUUGGUGCUGCUGCUUUUGGGCCAGCAUGGGAGGAAGGCUCAAGUUGAAUCUAGGUAUCCUGGACUGGGGCUCCUCUCUUCCUCAGAUUUCAACUGAGCUCUCUUUGAGAGAAAGAAUCCUAAGACUGAAUAGUCACAUAAUCUGUUCUAUAUCCUCUUGGGGUCCUGUUUUGCUUGUAGCACAGUGGAUGGUGUUUGGUAAGAGGAGCUAAUAGCAAAUAGGUCAGAGUUUCAUGAAUAAUUAAUCGGAAUGUGAUGUUGGUUAUACGUUCCACAGGCUCCAGAUAGUGUUGCCGGGGGACGGUAGACAGAAAGAAUAGGAAACACUAGUUCUGUCUUAACUGCUGCCUGAAGAGCUCAUUAAAGCUGGGAAGCACAUCUAGAGAGAGCUCUCUAGACAUGCAAUUUUCAUGCUGCUGCUCUGGAGAUUUCAAAGAACUGAUUGAAUUGCAGCAUUAGCAGCAGCAAUGGCCAAACCAGCUAUUGAUUCUUUGAAUUCAUUCAUGGUAUUAAAGUUAACACGUGUUUAAAACCAUUAGCAUCAUUGUCAUUGGAUCUAGGAAUAACUGUGUUUAAUAUAAAAUGCCUUUUCACUAGUUGGCAGAAGAACUGACUUUUUGAACUGUGAUGUCAAAGGAGGGUUGAGCUAGCUCCUCCCGAAUUAAUCAAAAAGUGAUUUUACUUUCCACACCAUAGUGCCACUAAUUCAAUUUUUGCUGCUUGUGUACGUUAGAAUGUUGACCAUGCAGCAUUUGAAAUGUUGUACUCAUGCAUUCCCACCCUUGUUAUGAUAUGUUUGGUGGGAAGGGAAGAGGCGGAGAUAGCUGAGGACAGUGUCAUAAGGCGAGAACUGGAUUAAGGGAGGGGCUUUAGCUCAGUGGUAGAGCACCAGCUUUGCAUGCAAAAUGUACCAGGUUCAAUCACUGGCAUCUCCAGGAAAAGUGUAGGAAAAGAUUUGUGCCAGAAGUCUUGGAGAGCCGCUGCCAGUCAGAGGUAGAUGGGCCAUUUGUGUGACUUGCUAUAAAGCAGCUUCUUGUGAGUGGUGAAUCCAAAAUAUACUGGGAAUGAGCACUUUUAGGGGCUCAAGUUCAAAAAAAAUUAAGUAUGGUUCCCUCCUUUUCACUAAUGAAGUGAGAAGAAUGGGAAUGACUUCACAUGUAUUUUCCUUUAUGGAGGUUUGUGAGUUUGCGUGCACUUAAGUAAGCACAUGGGAUGAGAAGCCAGUAUACCAUGUAUGGACAGAAAAAAACGUACUUAAGCUGCACUGCAAUCCUAUACCCACUUACAUGGGAGUAGGCACCAAUGAACUCAGUAAGACGUCUGAUUAGAUAUGUAUAUGGUUGCACCAUAUAUUUUAAUUGCCCAACAAAGCCACAUGUCACUUCUACCAAAGUACAGUUGCUUGCUAUUUUUAAGGUAUGCAAUUAUUUGUCUUGUGUACUGAAAUAUACACGAUCAGCUGUUCAUGUGUACCUAUAUAAUAAAAAUAAUAUUGGCUUAUGUGACUGCCUCUACUGGACACAGUGUUAAAGACACACAGCAGAAAUAUUAGAAAUAUUGGUGAAAAUGUUUCACAAUAAUGGAAAAGUCUGGUAGAAAAGAACUUGGGAGGAAGAAAUCUUUAAAAGCCCAUAAUUGAAAUUUCCACUAUCAAAGAUAGAUGUGCUCAAUGCCUUUGGAGUUAACUUUUAUCAUGGGAUAAAAAACUGGCAAUCUUCUAAAAGUGGUUAAUAGAUCAUAGCCAACUUAAAUGUCUGAGGUAUUUUUUUUUAAAAUGUCAUAUUUUUAAUUCUUUGGGUACUAUGCAGUGAUGUAGAGUUUGAUACUUGUACAUAGGCUUAGAAUGAUAAUAUUGGAAUUUUGCUUGCAAAUUUUCACUUGAAAUACUGAUUUAUACCAAAAUGCUGAGGAUUGUAGACUAUAUGAAGGGGGCUGAUUAAGACCUACUCUUUAUAUACAGUUGAUUUGUAUGUAUCCAAUUACUUGAUCUUUGGAAGAACAGAGCUGCUAUUGUGUUUCAAUUUUCUCGCAAGCAAUUUGUAGAUACAAUGUAAUAGGGUAAUGGACCAGUCCAUUUACCUAAUGAGUAGGAUAUAUCUACUUUAUCACAAAGUAUAAGGUAGCGAUAUAAAAAAUUUACAGGGUGAAAUUAGCAAGAGUCUGAGCAGGACACAGGCAGGGAAAAUUGAGACUGGAGGCUGGUAGGCAGCAGUUUCCCUUUUUGCUUGAGAUCAUGUGAUUAUGCCUUAGGAACACUUCUCCAUGCCAUCACACUAAUUCCACACAUGACCUGUGGAUUUACCAGGAAUGCAUGUCAAAAGCAUUGAUCCCUUUGCUUAAAAGUGUGAAACACUAUUUGCCUUGUGUUAAUAACUUUGCUAAAGUUAUAGUGAUUUUUUAAAAAAUAACAGUAAAUACUCUUAAAAUAAACUGAAGCAAUUUAAUCUAGGAGAUAAUCUAAGAGAAGGUUGCUAAAUUUUGCCAUAUGGUCACAGGAUCUCAAGGCUUGAACCUCCUGACAACUUUUUUUUUAAUCUAGCCCUUAAGACUUCACAGAAAACUUAACACUUUGAGUGCAAUGAAUAGAGUAGAAAUCUCAAAUGAACAUGAGGUAGUUGUGGGCAACGAUUCAAUGUUGUGUUGUUUUCUGCUACCUAUUACUGACAGAUUCAGAAGAAAUUGUGUCAGCUUCAGUAUUUAAUAUAGGCUGUAGAAUCUUUGAGAUGGUAACAGCAGCUUUUGAGAACUCUAGUGGAAGGUCUCAGUCUGGGAGAAAGAAGGUCUUGUUCAGUUCUACAAAUACCCAAAUGUGCACAAAGUUGGGUAGCAACUAGGUAGUUCAGUUGUUUAUUACGCCCUCUGAAUGAUACUAGACAGGAAUCUGAAGACACAUAUAAAUGGACUGCCAUCAAGUCUAUCUCGACUUAUGGCGACCCUAUGAAUAGUGUUUUCAUGGUAAGCGGUAUUCAGAGGGGGUUUGCCAUUGUCUUUCUCUGAGGGUAAGAGGCAGUGACUAGCCCAAGGUCACCCAGUGAUCUUCAUGGCCAUGUGGGGAUUCAAACCCUGGUCUCCCAGGUUGUAGUCCAUCACCUUAACCACUACACCACACUGGCUCUCUCUGAAGACACAUACCUAAAGGCAAAAAAGAAUUAGGUUGCAAUCCAAUACAUGCCUGCUCAGAAAUAAGCCCCAUUUGGUUCACUGGGAAUUACUCUUAGGUAAGUGUGUAUUGGAUUGCAGCCUUACUUGAUGUAGUGAUAUAGCAGAAACCUCCUGGAUUUGGGAUCUUGAGUAUUUUCAGAGCAAAGUACAGCCUUACAUAGGUUAUAAAGAAGUUGUUUUCCCAUGGCCUGACUGGGUUUGGGGAAAUGUCUCAAUUGUUUAUGGAAACAGUGAAAGGAAAUGAGAAUCCCUUGAAUUAUUUCAGAAGCUCUGUCCAAACAGGGCCUAGGGGUAUUUUUCUCUCCACCCCACUCCACUCCUACCAUAUUGUAUUUAAAUGUGUAGAUUUUGUCUUUGCUGUAAACUAGUUUGGAUUAUCUUAAAUUAUAAAUCAGUGAUUCCAGUAUAACUAUAGCAGCUAAAAGAAGUUUGUCAUUCUAAAGAUUCAGUAAAUAGCACCUAUGAAGAAGACAAAACAGCAGGCCACAAUGAAGUUAUCAUCUAGCAACUCCUGUUAUAAGACUUAUUUGGUAUUAAAACAUCUAACAAAAGGGCUUUGCCUCUUAUGAGUUUACGUUGCAGAACAUUUUGUAAGCUUCUUAUAGUACAGUCUAUCUACUCUUAUGAGUGAAAUUUAGGAAUAAGUUGGAAUUGUUGUUUUGGUAGCACUGUGGCAGAGAACCAUGAUCAGUCUUCCAGGAAUUAGUUUCUAACUGUUGCUUCUUGCAGUUUAAUGAUGAGAAAUAUCUGAUCAAGGCUGACCUAAAACUUCCAUUCUGACAUACUACUAAAAAGUUAGGCUUUACUGAAUAGGCAGUGCACUGAUCAGGGAAACAAACCUUUGUAUGGGCAUCAGUAUUCAAGCUAAGUGGUAUAUCAGCUGCCACUGACAUGCAUUAUAAGUCCUACGCUACUGUGUAUUUUAAAGAUAGAUGGCAAAACCAUUAUUGGAGAGAUUACAAAAUCGUAUAUUCUGUCAAGGUUAUACAAUUCAUCAUUUUAGUUGCUUAAACCUUUUAGAUUUCUAUUAAACAUCUCACCUAUUUGCUUUCUAUAUGUACACUAAUGUUGAUAUGCUUUAUUUGUGCAUCCUUUGAUUAAAGCUCAGACCAGAGUCCACUUCAGGUGUUAUUGCCUUAAGAGACAACAGUGCUGUAUGUGAUGAAAGUAAACCUCUGUGGUGGAGACACUUUUACAUGCAUAGAGGUUUGUUACAUGAUUGAGAACUCUGGAAGAUCAGCAUUUUCAAUCUCAAUGGGAGGUUCAAUGGAUAAAACAAGUCUCCCUCCCUGUUGCAGAAAUUUAAUUAUGCAAGGGUCUGGAAGGAAUUGCCUGGCUUCAGUAGGUAGAACUAAAUGCACAGUCCCACGGAUCCACUCACGUUGCCUCUUAUUGCUAUAACAGCUGAAGAGGACUUCAGCUGGUAUGAAAUCUAAAAUGUCCCUUCUGCAUGGCUAAUCUCAGAAAAACCUUAUAUGCUACAGUGAUCAGUUUAGAAUAUUCUAAUGAAGGACCAUGCAAUUAUUGAGUAACUGCUAAAGUAGUUGCGUAGAACAAGGUUAAGUGCUACUUGACUAAACCUUUAAAAAAAAAUCUCCCCAGAAUGUUUUCACACUUAAGUCAUAUGUUGUUCUGUAUAAUUGUUGAAAUGUACAAAGCUGUGAAAUCCUGUUAACUCUUAACAAAGUAUUUUUGUAUAUAUGAAAUAAAUUUAAUAUUGGAAAAA